AACCAAUAAGCUCCUACCAGUUGCUUCUGCAGUCUGGCCACCAAGAUUGACGUGGAAGACACGUCAGAUUGAUCUGAACAAACUUCAAGCAGAUAACUUGAGCAAUUCAAGCCCUAAUCGGAUGAAGAUCACCUUGAGCUUUUGAUUCUUGCAUUUGAAGUUGCUGUUCAAACACUACAAGAGAGCAGAUUUGGAAGGAAGUGCCUUCAGACUCCAGAACACUCCUCCCAGCUCAGCCCAUUGGAGAAGCCUCUGUUCCCCUUCUCAGUCCAUGUAUCUCUGGGUUAAAUCUGUCUGACUGCCUUUAACUCUGUGCAGAACCUUCCCUGGCUUUCCCCCCUUGCGGGAUGGAGCAAGCUUAUGGAGAAGUGAAUCAGCUCGGGGGGAUGUUUGUGAACGGAAGACCAUUGCCCAAUGCCAUCAGACUGAGGAUAGUGGAACUAGCCCAGCUGGGAAUUAGACCGUGUGAUAUUAGCAGACAGUUACGUGUGUCUCAUGGAUGUGUGAGUAAAAUCCUGGCCAGGUACAAUGAGACUGGCUCCAUCCUUCCAGGAGCUAUUGGGGGAAGCAAGCCAAGAGUCACCACUCCCAAUGUGGUGAAGCAUAUCAGGGACUACAAGCAAGGAGACCCAGGCAUCUUUGCUUGGGAAAUCAGAGACAGACUACUGGCUGACAACGUCUGUGACAAGUACAAUGUGCCUUCUGUGAGCUCAAUCAGCAGGAUUUUAAGGAAUAAAAUUGGGAACCUGUCCCAGCCCAGUCAAUAUGAAAAUUCCAAGCAGCAGUCAUCACAAGCUGCCCUGCCUUAUAAUCACAUCUAUCAAUACCCCUACCCUAACCCCAUCUCACCUGGAUCCACCAAGGUAGGGGGCCAUCACCCAGGAGUGCAUAUGCCCAGUGGACAUGUCAGCAUUGCAAGAUCCUGGCCAUCAGCCCACUCUGUCAACAACAUUUUGGGCAUCCGUACCUUUAUGGAACAAACAGGAGCCAUUGCUGGAGCAGAUACCUCUGUUUAUUCUCCAAAAAUGGAAGAGUGGGCAAGUGUCAAUAGAUCAGGUUUUUCUACCACCCAGAACAUCAACUGCAUUGAUAAAAGUGCUGUGGAUCCAGACAUUAAAUAUUCACAGCCUGCUUCAAGCCUGACAUCAGUGGGGAGUUUUGUUCAAGCCUGUGCAUACCCCUCUGCCAACCAGUACGGGGUUUAUGGGGGACCAGGAACUGGCUACGUGACCCCAGGCCACCACUGGCAAGCACAAGGUAGCCCCAUUGCUCAUCAUGGGCCGAGCGUGACUGUACACGGUGGAGACAUUGCGUCCCCUAUGACCUUCAAACACCAAGUCAGGGAAGUGAUGAACAGAAAGCAAAGCAGCCCCAUCAUUAAAUCACAGGACGGUCACACUAAUAAUAAUAUACAUGGGCUGUCGAUCCCAGCUUCUUCGUCGUAACUACUAUUCGAAUUCACUAAAAAAAAAAAAAAAAGAGAGCAGCAACUCCCAUCAUCCCCUCUGCUUUAGAACACUGUCACUCUGCACGCUGUUCUCCUGCUGUGUCUGGAUACAAAGUCUAACAAGUCCACAUAAUCAGAGACCACAGCAUUCUUUCACAUCAGAUUAGGAUAAAGCAGAGGUGAGGAGAAGAUUUGGAGAUUGAAUAAUCUAUUUACUUUGGGAAAAUCAAGCAGGUUGUUGAAAGCCAACUAGCUAAGACUUUUCAAACUCUUGUUUGCUAUCGAGGCUCUAUUUUCCUCUAUGUUCCUUUCUCACUUCCAAUACCUUACAUGCACUAAUGUUUUGAAAUAGGAAUUGGCAAUAACGUCUGUUUUUUUUUUUUUUUUUU